GAGAUCAGUGAGUUCAACAAAUCAGCGUCAUGGCCUGGAAGUUCCUGACCUUCCGCUUGGCCAAUGAUGAUCGGAGCUUCCAAGUUGCUCUGUACAAAGGCUGUUGCGCGGAGGCCUUGCAGAAAUCGGUGGCCGCCCGUGUGGCGGCCCUACCGGAGACCAUCUACUGCACCUUAACCCCUGAGGCUGAGGGGCCAGUGCUGCCCUUGUCGCCUGCACUGGUGGAGCACGUCCCAGUCUCCCAGGUGCUCACGGUGCAUAUCAACCGGCCAAUGAUGCCGCCAGUGGAGCCUCAGGCGCAGAGGGACCUCAUGUCGGCGCCCGAGGAUGCGACCUCGAGCUUUGCCUCCUCGCCCGACGGAAUCAGCCCGAAGAAUGCUCCGAAUGCUCGAGAAGCGCCGAACCCGGGCUACACCAGCUUCCUCCGCAUGUCUCGCGUGCGUUGGGAGAACUUCACGCAGCAGACGGAUCAACUGGUCACCGCCAUGGAACGCUUCAAUCGCUUGGCCACGGAUCUCGCCAAUGAGCGGACCUUAUUGGCUUGGCUUCGAACGGCCAUGGCAGGUAUUCGCACGAUCUUCGUUUUCUAUGCCAUGGACGGAAUCAACCGAUUCUGGGAGACCAGCAUUACUGCCAGCGACCUGACCCGCUCAUGGAUCUAUGCAGUCGUCGUCUUUUCGGCUGCGCCUGCGAGGUUCUGAUGGCGCUGCUGGUGCUGGUCCUUUUGUACACCGGCCAAGCUCGCUACUAUGCCAUCAAGGAGCUGAUUUUGAAGCGCGAUCCGCCGCCCACUUUUGGACGAGUCAGUUUGAGGUAUACCUACUUGGUACUCACCUUGGCCACCUUCACCACUGUCAUGGGCGUUUGCUUGAGGAGAUGGCAGAAACUGGGAUCCUGAAAA